UAAGGACCAUAACGCCCUUUAUCGGGGGCUCUGUGGUACCCGAUUGCUGCUUUAAACAGCAGCACUGACAUGGAAACCCCCUUACAGCUGCAGAACGAUUUCUUUCCAGAGCAGCAGUUCCAGCAUUGUAAGUACCAGCACUACUGCGGGCGGGAAGAUCGACUCAAGCAGCACGACCAAUGCUGCACCUGCAAUAGCUGCACCUGUGAUGCGAGAAAAAGCCUCGUCUUUCGCGGGACGUCGCCGACCACUGUGGGAACUUUAAGGACACCUUCGGAAACGUCUUCGAGGCAAGGUUGUCAGUACAGCGUCUGUGAGUUCACACCCUCUAGUCAUGGUAGUUCAUCCAGACAUCAUCAUCCUCACCAUCAGCAGCAGUAUUGCCGGGAUCGGCAGCGGGGCAGUCUGGGCAGCAGCCACAAAGACUGUAACUCCUACAAUGAAAUAGCCAUGAGCAGCUGCAGAUACAACGGCGGCGUAAUGCGGCCGCUGAGCAACUUGAGCUCGUCCCGAAGAAACAUACACGAGUUUGAUUCUGAGUCUCAACCUUUGCAGCCCAUUUCAGCCGCAGAUGCUUCGGACACUUUAGUAUCUAAGCCGGAUAAUAAUUCUACCACCCUGAUGCCUUACGCAUCGGGAGACGGUGGGGGAGGCUGCAGCCACAGCAGCGGCAAAUCGGGGAAAAAGAAGAACCAGAACAUUGGGGAGAAACUGGGGCACAGGAGGGCCUUGUUUGAGAAAAGGAAGCGACUCAGCGACUAUGCUUUAAUCUUUGGGAUGUUUGGGAUCGUUGUUAUGGUUAUAGAGACUGAACUCUCAUGGGGAGCUUAUGGAAAGGAAUCCCUGUAUUCUUUAGCUCUAAAAUGCCUGAUAAGCCUUUCUACAAUCAUUCUCCUGGGGCUGAUUAUUAUAUACCAUGCAAGAGAGAUACAGCUAUUCAUGGUGGACAACGCAGCUGAUGACUGGAGGAUAGCCAUGACAUAUGAGCGCAUCUUCUUCAUCUGCCUGGAGAUCCUGGUGUGCGCCAUACACCCAAUCCCAGGGAACUACACCUUCACCUGGACAGCACGCUUAGCCUACUCCUACGUCCCAUCCAAAACGGAUGCAGAUGUGGACAUCAUUCUGUCCAUCCCCAUGUUCCUUCGGCUGUACCUCAUCGCUCGAGUCAUGCUGCUGCACAGCAAGCUCUUCACUGAUGCUUCGUCCCGCAGCAUUGGUGCACUCAACAAGAUUAACUUUAACACUCGCUUUGUGAUGAAGACCCUCAUGACUAUCUGUCCUGGCACUGUGCUGCUGGUCUUCACCAUCUCGCUAUGGAUCAUCGCUGCAUGGACAGUGAGAGCUUGUGAGAGGUAUCAUGACAACCAGGACAUAACCAGCAACUUUCUUGGAGCCAUGUGGUUGAUCUCAAUCACAUUUUUAACCAUUGGAUAUGGAGAUAUGGUUCCACACACAUACUGUGGGAAAGGAGUCUGCCUCCUGACUGGCAUUAUGGGUGCUGGCUGCACUGCCUUGGUGGUGGCUGUGGUAGCGAAGAAACUGGAAUUAACCAAAGCUGAAAAACAUGUCCACAAUUUUAUGAUGGACACCCAGCUAACAAAAAGAGUGAAAAACACAGCUGCGAAUGUUCUCAGGGAGACGUGGCUCAUCUACAAGAACACCAAACUGGUGAGGAAGAUGGACCAUGCUAGAGUCAGGAAGCACCAGAGGAAAUUUCUUCAAGCCAUUCACCAAGCUCGAAAAUUGAGAAGUGUUAAAAUGGAGCAACGCAAGCUGAAUGACCAAGCAAACUCACUAGUGGACCUUGCUAAGACUCAGAACAUCAUGUAUGACAUGGUGUCAGACUUAAAUGAGAGAGGCGAGGACAUGGAGAAGAGGAUUGCCCUGCUGGAGACAAAGCUGGAGACACUACUGAGUAACUUGCAAGCUCUGCCUGGACUCAUCAGCCAGGUCAUCAGCCAGCAGCACAGGGACUUCCUGGAGGUGCAACUCCAACCUUAUGACAAACACAGCCCUGAGCGCUCACAAUCAGUGUCACGAAGGAGGUCGUCUUCCACAGCGCCGCCCACAUCCUCAGAGAGCAGCUAGAGUCCAAGGGGAAUGCCUCCACUGAAGACUUUUGCCAUCAUAUGGCCAAGUUGCAUUUAUCGUAAAGCCUUAUGGUUUUAAUAAGUAUUAUCCAAAUUCUGAUGACAGAAUCUGAGUUACCGGGGACACUACAUUUCAACGGAUAACUUCAUGGUGUUAUUGUUUCUUUAUUUUUUUCUUUUUUUUAAUUACCUCAAAGGAUGAAGUUAUCCUUGCUCUGGUGACAAGCCCAGAAAUAAUGGCUCUUCCCUCAGUAAAAGCUAAAAAGGCCUAUAAAUGAGGCUCUUCUUCAUCUCUAUGCAGAGGUAGCCAGUUCUAGGUGACAAGGUCACCAGCUGUGACGCUAUUGCACUAAAAUAGUGCUUCUCACAGACUUUGUGCUUCCGCUGGCUUGAUUCAGUUGCCGCGUUCCUCAACGCAAACUGAGAAACCACUGAGAAAUCAGUCAGGGAACAUGUCAAUGAUAUUGAGGAAAAGCGCUGUGUUUGAUGACCUGCAAUUAAAUGACAUCAGAAGGCAGAUCAGAAGGAAAAUUGCUCCAACACACUGUCACUCAGAGAUAAUUUAAAAAGCUUGAAAUGAGGAAAAAAAUACAUGUAUCUAUUAGGUUAGAAACAACAUCAACUAUAGCAGUUUUAUUUUGCAGAAUGCCCCUGUUGGAUGACUAUUUUUACAGGGGGGGAGGCAACAAUGCAAAUUAUUUAUUCCUCAAAGUCAAAAUGAAUGCAUCAAAACCUGUACUUGCACUUACUUUUAAAUCAAUGCACUUCAAUACUGACUGACAUAUGAUAUAAAGAUGUGUUACUCAUUAAAAGAAGAACAUGUAAGAUGUUUUGGGCAUGGGUUUGUUAUUGUCAAUCUCAAGUAGUGGCUGACUGGCGUUGAUAAAUCAGGUCAAAGCCCCUUUUUCUUUUUCUCAUAAAGAUGCAUUUACAUAGACCUAUACAGAGGUCUAUAGAAAUGCAUUAAAUUCAGUAAUUACCCUCGUAUCUUGCUGUGUCUCACCUCCUGCUCUCCUGUGCUAUGUAUGCUUGCUGUCAACCCAGCUGAGCAACAACAAAUGCUGAUCAACAACUGUAAACUGUAUCUAUCUUUUGAAAAAAAAAAGAAAAGAAAAUGCCUAUUUUUGUAUAUUUUCAUGAGGACAAGCACACCUCUUACAAGUAAACAAACAAUAGUGAGUAGGGAAAGAUUCAGCAUAUCUAGCGUAUGAUUUCAGAUAUCUUGAACUGAAGCUAAGGAACAUAGGUUGUCAAUGAAGUUCCUUCCUGAUCAUAUAGUGAUUUGAAAACUUCUACCCUUUAGGCAUUAAUAUUCAGUGUAUGAUCAAAGUUGUUAUGGCAACCUGUUGGAGGUUCAGAAAGAAUAGCAUGGAUCAGAGGAAAUCUGGUGGUCAGUCAUCAAAUCUGCAGCAAUGAUCUUGUUCAAACAGCUCAUCCACUAUUAAUAAAACAACCAGAAGGUAACCAGAAUGGCAGAUAUUCAGUCCACAGACUUUAGUAAAAUAGAAACCAAUGAAAGAUUAUAAUGUAUGCGACUUAAAUGAUAAA